AGCAAAGACCCAGGGUACCCGGUACCGGACCCGGAACCGGUUAGGAUCCGCCGGGUCCGGACCCGGAACUGGUCCCACCGGUUCCGGGACCGGGUCCAAAAUGUCGGACCCGGUUGUAACCGGUUCCGGGACCGGGUCCUAAAAUUUCGGACCCGGUACCCACUGGGUACCCGGUUUAAACCAAUUCCAGUUCCGGGUACCCGGUCCCGGAUCCAGACAAUCCGGGUACCCGGAACCGGUACUGAUUUAGUUAUAAAAAUUUUUUUUGUUUUUUUAAAAAACCCAACAAUUAUGGCCCAAUAUUCCAGAUUUUACCCUAAGUAUAUAAAGCAAAAAAAAAAAAAAACCCUAUUCUAUCCUCUCACUUUCUCACCCUACUCUGCUUCUCUGCUACAGUGGUACUCACCACUCUCACACUCUCGCUCUCCUCUUGACUGUCGAGUGUCGACCACCGUUCACCGUCGAGCGUUCACUUCUUAAUUCCUCCAAAGGUAAUUUUUAAACUUUGCAUAUCAAAUUAUCAAUUGCGAAUUUGCGAUUAUGUAUUUAUUCGGUUUAGAUCUGAAAAACGAAAGCUAAUUUUUAGGGUUUUAAUCAUGAAUAGUGUUAAUUAUGAAAAUUACUAUUAAAGAUGAGUUUGAAUCAUGAUAAAAUUACAAAUUACAAGUACAAAUUAGUUAAACAUUCAGAUUUGUUCCUUCCCUUGAAUUCUCUAGUAUUUUGGGUGAAUAUAAACUCGAUUGUGUUGAUUGUGCUUCUUCCCUUUCGUUUUAACUUAUGUUUUUUUUUUAUAAAAAUCAUAUUAUCGAAGAAGAAUCGUGGGGUUUAAUACUUUAAUGGGUUUAAUCGUUUAUUCUCAGAUUUCGCAAGUUUAAUGGUUUUUAUUCUGUUUAUUUUGCUAUUUUUUAGGCAUUUUUAUUGCGUAAUCUAUUGAAUUACUGAUCUUUCAGUUUCUAGGUUUUACUUUGAUAUGUUGUGAUGUUGUCAUUGUGUCAAGUGUCUUGAUCUGUUUAGUCUCAAGGUUUAAUGUAUUGAUGUUGUUCUGCUUCUUUGCAUUGCUGUUGUGUUGGUGUCAAGUUUCAUGAAUUGAUUUAGUUUAUGGGUUUAAGCUAUUUCUUGUUUUAUUGAGCUGGUCUUUUCUGAAAUUUGUAGUUGUGGAGAAAGAUGUAGAUGGUGAUGCAUGUGCAGGAACUACAGUUGGAUUUCUAUGUAGAAUUCUGCUUGUUUAAAAGGUUUUUAUAGAGGAGAAAGUGUUUCAACAACUAAAGGAACCUUCUUUUCAUAAGAUUAAUUACCAUUUUUUCUUUAUUAAGUUCCAAUUCCUUUUUGUAUUCUUCAUGAAGAUGAUGUACUAGGAUCUGUGCAUAUUGUCUCUCCUUUCUUUCUUUGUGUUUAUGUGAGUGAGACAAUAUCAGUUCUGACUGUUGUAUGUAUUUGUGUAAUGCAUAUAAUCACUCUCACUUUGUGUAAUGUUUAUGUCUUAUUAAAGUUUAAUUUGUUCCUAUUUCAGAACUAUGAGCAAUACCGACAAUUCGUCAGUCCCUAUGGAUGAUGAAAGUGAGGUUGGAAACGAGAAUGCAACAACCAAAUCAACCAAGGUUGGUGACAAGAGGAAGUCUGAAUACUGGAACCAUUUUUGGGAUUUUAGAGAUCCAGUAACCAAAAAAAUUGUUCAAGUCAAAUGCAAAUAUUGUGAGAAAAUGCUAACAGGGAAUUUGUGCUUCCUUGUUGGCUGCUGCCUCUUUGCUUUGUUGUCUGCUGUAUGCUGUCUUUCUCCGUUGCUUAGAUGGUUGCUGACUUGCUGCUGGUCUUGUUGCUGGCUGAUGGUGUGCUCAGCUGCUGCCUGCUGAUGGUGUGCUCAGCUGCUGCAGUGCUGCCUGUUGCUGCCCUUCCUUUUCUUCCCUUUUUUUUUCUGAACUUUUAUUUAAGUAGUUGUUUUGGUUAUGUUUGGAUGUUUGGACUUUGCAGCAUUGUUGAAGUUUGUUGUACUGAUAUUUUAGGUUGUUGAAUUGGUACUUUUUGGCUUAUUAGUUUGUAAUAUUUGUAUUUUGAAAUAUUUGUAUUUUGCUAGCCUCCAAAACUAAUUUAGGGAUAUUAUUAUGUUAAUAUAACUAGCCUGCAAAAUUCCAUUAUAUAUAAUAAUAUAUUAUAUAACAAUUAUAAAGAAAAAAACAGUAUUUUACUACGUUGAAUAAUACCGGGUACCCGGUUUUGGAACCGGUUCCUACCGGGUCCGGGACCAGUUCCAAAAAAUUUGGAUCCGGUAUUAACCGGUUCCGGGACCAGUUCCAAUUCUUGGGACCCGGUUAUAACCGGUUCCGGAUCCGGGUAUUACAAAUAUGACCGGGUACCCGGUCUUGCUCACCCCUAUGUAAGACCAUCACCAUCCCAUAAUGCAACUAGCCAACUACUGCCGAAGACGUAACGCUAUUUUAUUUCCUUAUAAACGGAAUGAACGAAAAUCACAAAAAUACACCCACCUAUUUAACUGUCCUUUUGCACUAUCAAGUAUCAAACGAUUCAAAAAGCUGCUUACAAAUCCUCAAAUUGUGGUGAAAAUGUUACUGAAACUGCUACUGACGGCUGUUCUUGUAAUCUCAACCCACACCAAAUGGGCGAACUCGGACAUGGAAUCGCUGAGUCGGGAGCUCUUGGAAGCGGCGAGACAACCGGAAUUGUUCGAAUGGAUGAACCGGAUUCGGAGGACGAUUCAUCAGAACCCAGAAUUGGGGUUCGAAGAGUACGAGACGAGUCGACUCAUUCGGUCCGAGCUUGACUCGCUGGGAAUUCAGUAUGCAUGGCCUAUAGCCAAGACUGGUAUCAUCGCUUCUAUCGGGUCGGGUCAGAAACCCGUUUUUGCUCUCAGGGCUGACAUGGAUGCUCUUGCUAUGCAGGAACUGGUUGAUUGGGAGUUUAAAAGCAAAAAUGAUGGGAAGAUGCACGCUUGUGGUCAUGAUACUCAUGUGGCAAUGCUACUCGGGGCAGCCAAGCUACUCCAAGGCAGGAAAGCUCAGCUAAAGGGCACAGUCAAGUUAGUUUUCCAACCCGGUGAAGAAGGUCAUGCGGGUGCAUACCAUAUGAUCAAAGAAGGUGCUCUAGAUGAUGUUGAUGCCAUCAUCAGCCUACAUGUCCUGCCAACAAUGCCCACAGGUAGUAUUGGUUCCAAGGCAGGCCCAGUUCUUGCUGGUAUUGGGCUGUUUAAGGCAACGAUUACAGGAAAAGGUGGACAUGGAGCACAUCCCCAUCUCAGUAAAUACCCCAUCGUUGCAGCUUCAUCAACUAUUAUUGCCCUCCAGCAUAUCAUUUCUAGAGAAACAAAUCCUGUCGAGUCAGGGGUGGUGACUGUUGGUUACUUUAAAGGAGGCCAAGCAGGAAAUGUGAUCCCUGAGAAGGUAGAAUUUGGAGGAACAUUUAGAAGCUUGACCUCUCAAGGUCUCACCUACUUGAGAGACAGGAUCAAGGAGAUUGUGGAGAUGCAAUCUUCUGUACAUCAGUGCCAUGGUGAGGUAGACUUCUUGGAAGACACUCCUAUGCCUUGGCCUGUGAUGGUUAACGAUCAAGCACUCCAUGACCACGGGACACAGGUUGUGGAGGCGCUGAUUGGCAGGUCCAAGUUGGAAGUCUUUCACUUGACCAUGGGAUCAGAGGAUUUCAGCUUCUUUUCCUCAAAAAUGCCAGCUGCUAUAUUUGUUCUCGGAAUAAAGAAUGAGACCCUGAAAUCGGAUAAGCCAGUGCACUCGCCAUACUUCUUUGUUGAUGAGGAAGCUUUUCCUGUUGGGGCUGCUUUCCAUGCUGCAUUCGCGAUUUCUUACUUGGAGAAGCAUGGUGGUUCUAGUGAGUGUGUCUAAGAGUAAGCACAAUGAGAGCCUGUAGACUGUGUAGUUGAGAAAUGUCCUUGAUCUGUGUUGUACAGCAAAUUAAAUCUGAUUUUUGUAUGAUUAAUGAACAAAUGAGCGUGUAAUGAUUAAUUUGCGGCACAAUUAAAUCCAAUAAUAUAAAAUUAAUCUACUGCA